AUGAGCCGCUCCACUAGGAACACCUUCAGCCCGGCGUCGCAGACCGCUUCCCCGCCGUGGUCCGUCGGGUCCCUCGACUCCGCCCCCGGCGCGCCGCCGCUCUCGCCGCUCUCAACCGGCAGCACACAGUGGCUCUCCGUCCGGAGGCCGUCCGACCCGACCCAGGCGCCGCAUAUGGGCACCGUCCCGCUGCCCGACGUCGCCGCGCCUUCAUCUACUCCCCUCUCAGUCAACCCCGCCAUCGCCUACGGUUCCUGUACGCAGUUCGACCUCGGACUCUCCGUCCCGGGCGUCCUCACCGUCUCCGAACCUGCCUUCUCUCCCUCCGUUCCCCGCGUCCUCAUUCGUAUCCCGGGCACGCCUACCCCAAUCCUCGUGACCCACCCCACCGGCCAGCCGCUCACCGUCAGGCGCACGAUGCACGACAUCUGGACCUUCCUCCACGCACCCAUCGACGGCGCUGAGUUCAGAACCUGGCCCGCUCAGAUUCAAGCGGCCGCCAGCGUCGCGUUCCGUCAGCGUGCCUCCCUAGGCGGAUCCUCUGACUUCUCGCAAGGUCUCCGUCGCGUGGACGUUCUCGGCCAGAACGUCGUAUUCGCCGGACUCUCCCCCUUGGCGGACGGCAGUUUGAUGCUUUGCUUGGGCCUCAGGCAGUAG